AAGCGGAUCAGAACAUAGAAAACUUCAGUCACCAUCAUGCAUUUGUCUAACUACCAGAAGAUUUUCGUCAUUUGAAAAGACUUGAAGAGAAAAAAAAAAAAAGACUCAGAGGAAUACAAGAACUCAGUCAGCAGACAGAAACGACAAUAACCCAGUGUUUAGACAUGGCCAGCACCCAGACCAGUUUGAAAACCCCUUUCAAAGACUUGACCUCAUUCAAGGGCAACAUGAAACGGCUCUACAGAGAGCGACUGGAAGACGCGCCCAUCAAGAAGCGGGUGAUGGCGGAGAUCAACCUGAAGCGUCGCAGCUUGGAUUCCCUCCCAAAAACCCCGAAGGUGAAGAGGGAGCAUAUCGAGGAGCUGUGCCACGACCCUGACAUGGAUGUGGAGGGCCGGGCUGAACUGCACAUGUUGGGCUCUGCUAAAGCCCUGGACCUGAGCCCUGGGCUCAAACACACACUGGCCCAGUUCACCCUGAGCAGCCAGAGCUCACUCGGGGGCCCGGCUGCCUUUUCAGCCCGCACUGGCCACGAGCACUCCCCGGCCGGCAUGCCCCCCCUGCCCUCCCCUCCUGUUCUGGGAGGGGGCCCUCUGCUGGUUCCCUGUGACAGCUCCACUGAACUCACCCACUCGCUGCUGGAAGGAGAGUCUAUCUCUUGCUUCGUUGUCGGGGGAGAGAAGCGUCUUUGCCUGCCCCAGGUUCUAAACUCUGUGCUGCGCGACUUCUCGCUGCAGCAGAUCAACACUGUGUGCGACGAGCUCUACGUCUACUGCUCGCGCUGCGACGCUGAGCAGCUGCACAUCCUCAAGGUGCUGGGCAUUCUGCCGUUCAACGCACCUUCCUGUGGCCUCAUUACACUGACGGAUGCACAACGGUUGUGCAACGCUCUGCUGCGUCCUGGGGCCGCCUUGCCUGCGGACCCAAGCGGUAAGCUGUUGACCCAGGGCCUGCUGAAGGAGAGUGAAGCCAGUUUCCAGGUGGAGCACCAGUGUUUGGGGAAGUGCCAGGGUCUCUUUGUGCCCCAGUUCUACACCCAGCCCGAGGCGCCCUGCAUCCAGUGCGUCGAGUGCCAGUUGCUCUUUUCACCACAGAAGUUUGUCAUGCAUUCACACAAGUCACCCGAUAAGAGGACCUGCCACUGGGGCUUCGACUCAGCCAAGUGGCCCUGUUACCUGCAGCUUGCCAGGAAGUACCAAGACAUGCCUGAGGAGCCAAAGCUCAAGCAGCUCCUGGACGAGGUCAAAGAGAAGUUCCACUACCAGCUCAAGAGGUCGCUAGACAAAAAGUCAGUGGAGGAGGAGAGCCAGGUGAGGAAACCCUCAGCAGAUUUCUGCUCCCCCAGCAGCAAGAUGACUGAUGCCGACCCUGCAAGAAAGGGGAAAACAUCUUCACCUACUCUGGUGUUCAAUCGUCUUUUCCCGGACAUCAAGGAGGAGCCGGGACACCCCACCCUGGUCCAUCCCAGUUACUACCUGUACACGUACGAUAAGAUGGUGGCUCCCAACGUGUCUCUGGAAAGGGAGGCGGAGAUGAGCCCCGAGAUGUUCGGAGCGCUGCUCAAACACCACUACAGCCGCAGAGUGCUGGGCCACGACGAGCCACCCAUGGAUCUUCAUGCGUCGCCUCCCGUUGCUGCUGGCGCCGAGGAGGCCAAAUCCCAACGUGCCGCUGCUGCCUUGGCCAGUGAGCGGGAAUGCCAAACCCAGGCAGUUUCCAUGGAGACGAGCAGCCAGAGCUGCAAGAAAGCCACCCACACCCCCGCCAACACCCCUCCUCCUCCUCCCGUGUCGUUGUCGUUGCCGGUGACGGAAGUAGCGGCUAAGGACACGGGCUCUGCCAUGAGCAUCGCUGCGGUGGGGGGGCUGGAGGACGACAAGGACAGAAUUGUUGUGGAGAUCAUGCAGAUGUACAGCAGGCAGCAGGAGAAGCUCAACUCCACCCUGCACAAGCAGCUGCAGCUGGAAAUGGAGCUGGAGGCGGUGCGUGGGGGCGAGGCUGCGCGGCUACGGGAGCUGAGCGCCGAACAACGGGAGCUGCGUAGCGAGCUGGAGGCGGUGCACAGCGAGCAGGCGCGGCAGCUCAGCCAGGCCCGCCAGGAACAGCUGGAGCUAGAGACCCGUCUGGAGCAGCUCCGACAGCAGGCCUGCGCCUGCGAGCCGGGGGCACAACGCCAGCAAGAGGCCCACUACGCUGCACAGUUGUCGGAGUUACGUCAGAGGCUGGAGCAGGCAGAGACGGACCGGCAGGAGCUGCAGGAGGAGCUGCGCAGGGAGCGUGAGGCGCGGGAAAAGCUAGAGCGCACAAUCGCCCAGCUCAAGCAGCAGAUGGUCCAGUCUGCCACAGUGGGAGGCAGCCCCUCUCCUCCUCUUACCCCUUCAACCGGACCCCCUAACGCCCACUGAUCGCCCUCCUCCUCCUCCUCCUCAGAGGCCCCAGCGGCUGGCCAAAAGUAACUGCCACCCCCCUCAGGCGCCUCCCUCAUUCCUCUCCCGAUCACCCGCCAACUCUACAGACACAAACAAAUCAGCCUACAGCAGAAAGGAGCUUUACAAAUCUCCCCAGGCUGUUUUUGAAGUUGUGCAUUUCACCCUUUUUAUUUCAGUGUAGGACUGACUUUUUUUGUUUUUGUAAUUUAACUUCACUUAAAAGAAAAGUUUUAUGUUGUUUUUCUUUAUUAUUCUGUCUUUUUCUCCCUCCUCUCUUUAAACAGUAUUUAAAAGAUUUUUUUUUGGGCAUGUAUGUUUGAUUUAAUUUAUAGUUUUUACUGAACAAACAGCUGCUUUUGAUGUUGAAGGUCAAGUAGAGACCAACUCAACACAUCUCUAUUCACCUUUCCUCCCCGACGAUUGUCACCCGCCUCUCUCAUCCCUUCUUGCUCUCUCUCUGGAUUCUGGAGCUAAAGACUUUGAUAUUUCAGACAUAAGCUCAGACGCAGACUCGUCCCGGACGUCACGUCAUGCUACUACCUGGCACAGCAGCCGGUGGUUGCGUGCCCCUUCUCCGUCUCUGUACUUAGAGCCCAAACGCUCAAGUACCGGCGACUGCAGGAAACUGCGUGGACAUUUACAUACAGCUUUUUUUUCUCCUUAUAAAACACAGAAAGAAAGGUGUUACAACAUGUCAAAGAAUAUUAAAUCUCUCCGGGGGGGAAAAAGACCUUUACUGUACAAAAAAAAGACAGACAUUUUGCAGAUGUCGUAAAACCUCAUGAAAAUAUGCCAAUAGUGACGCUGAACUUGAAAUGAGUGUUUUGAGUGUGAACCCCACAAGGUAGCUAGCUAGCGAAUCGUCUGGCCUGGACCCCAGCUGCUCCUCACACCGGCUAGCGUCCCUCUUCACUCUGCUGGGCAGCACCUGGACUCUCCAGUGUUGAUCCAGU